AGAGGGAGCGGAGGACUCCAAAAUAUAUAUCGUUGGUUUCUAUUCACUUGCGGACCCCACGGCACCAUUUUAUUUGAGUCUUACCCCCCACCCCCCCAACCACCAUAUUUUCUGGCGCUCAAUUCAGGUUGGUCAAGGCGCUUAUUGGAUUGAAUAUCGUAUCGUAGAUUAAGUAAAGUGUAGAUUUUUCAUAUUGCAACGCUUUGGUAUCACAGAAUUACCUCUAUCUUGGCUUAGAGGAAUCUCGACAUUGCAACGUUCCAAUUGCCCUUCAUCGCUCAACGCGUUUCCCAGGCUUCGGUCCAGCCGCCCCUUUUCCCUCGUCAACGGUGCAAGCAUCGAAGUUUGAAACCCACGAAAGCUUUUCAGCAUUUAAUUCGCUGUCACCCGCAAAUUUGUGAAUUCUUAGCACAUGGGGAUUCGAACUCACGACUUUGCGAAUAGCGGUUUCGAAUUUAUCCCUAGACCGUCGGAGCGACCGGCACCGUUAUAUGUGUGCCAUAUUUCACCCUUUCGCGUCUUGAAGAAGGUGUUCGUGAUUGCUAGCUUGUUUUCCGCUGUCAAGGGGCAGUGGCAGCUGACGGAAAAGGGUCUGGCGGCAGAAACGACGUCGUAGUUUCCUCACCUUGGGAUUCUCCGGUAAAAAUUGCCCUUCCACCGACAUCGCGUUGUUGCAAGUUGGUAGACGAUGCCCCCCCGAGGCCGCGUCCCCCUCCUCAAACAAGGCUGUUUGUUGUGCAGAUUAACGGUGAGGGCGCUGAUGCUGCUGCACGUGCCUCGAGGUGCGAUGCUGUUGCUGCUGCUACGGUUGCUCCUGCUGCUGCUUUUGCUUUCCCUGCUGCUGCUGGUAUCCACAGGCGUCGCCAGCGCCGCGAAACUGCCUCCCAUUUUCAGCGUGCUGGAUAGAGGCUGUGGACAGGGCUCUGGGAAGGGCCCAGAUAUGGUAGUUGGAGAUGUUAAUGGUACCGCCUUGUUGUCCCAUCCGGAAAGUCUCUGUUGACGUCUUCGCAUAAUGUAUUCUCCUUUCUUGUCUUCGUUUCCACCUCCUUCUAUAGGGGCUUAGGGGCCUAGCUUCUCCCCCACACCUUGGAGAGGCUGGCCUAGGGGUCAACGGAGGGCAUAUGGCUCUCGUAUCCAUAAUCCGUAAAAAUUCAGGAUCACUGGGCAGCCGUGACCUGUUUAUCGAUCCACAAAACUUUCUAGCGCUCAAGCGGCAGCACCAACUACAUGGAACGUACACGUCAAGGAGCGAACUCCGGAGGCCUUUAUGUCGCCUCGUCCCUGGUGUUCACGUACUCGACUUCGCGGAUGC